UCGCCUCACAACCUCAGCCCAAACACAUGCCCAUUAUCCUCCGCAGCUGGACACAAGAAGAGAUAAGGAGAAAGAUUAUCUCUCCUCCUUACAUUCCAUAUUCAAGAGACCCCAGAAAGCCCGAGGAGUCCCACACUGCUGAAGAAUGCCAGUAGAUCUUUACACUGCUGAGGAUUAAAGCGCUCCAGAGUGUCCCCUUUUUUUGCAAAUGGCUUGCUGCCUGAAGGACGAGCUCCUCUGUUCCAUCUGCCUGAGCAUCUACCAGGACCCAGUCAGCUUCGGCUGCGAGCAUUACUUCUGCCGCAAGUGCAUCACCGAGCACUGGAGCCGGCAGGAGCCCCACGGAGCGCGCGAUUGCCCCGAGUGCCGACGCACCUUCGCCGACCCACUGUUGUCCCCCAGCCUCAAGCUCUCCAACAUUGUGGAGCGCUACUCGGCGUUCCCCCUGGACGCCAUCCUCAACGCUCAGAGGAGCCCGUACCCCUGCAAGGACCACGAGAAGGUCAAGCUCUUCUGUCUCACCGACAAAAGCCUGGUGUGCUUCUUCUGUGACGAGCCGGCGCUUCACGAACAGCACCAGGUCACCACUAUCGACGAGGCCUACGAGGAGAUCCAGAGGGAGAUGAAGGAGCAGCUGGCCACCCUGCAGGACAGCGAGAAGGGUCACACCGAGGCCCUGCAGCUCUUGCAGAGACAACUCACUGAGACCAAGUCCUCAGCCAAAGGUCUCCGCGCCACCAUCGGCGACGCCUUCGAGCGCCUCCACCGCUUCCUGCGCGAGCGUCAGAAGUGCAUGCUGGAGGAGCUGGAGAUGGACACGGCGCGCAAGCUCACCGACAUCGAGCACAAGAUCCAGCGCUACAGCCAGCAGCUGCGCGACGUCAAGGAGGGCAUCCAGAUCCUGCAGGAGCGCCUCGACGAGACGGGGCGGCACGACUUCCUGGAGGGGGUGGCCGUCACGUCCGAUAGGAUUAAAGGGAAGAUUCAUGAGACCAAUCUGACCUAUGAAGACUUCCCCACAUCCAAGUACAUGGGACCCCUGCAGUACACCAUAUGGAAGUCCCUUUUCCAGGACAUCUCUCCAGUGCCCGCUGCGCUGACCCUUGACCCCAUCACGGCCCACCAAAGACUCAUCCUGUCAGACGACUGCACCAUCGUGGCUUACGGCAACCUGCACCCGCAGCCGCUGCAGGACUCGCCGCGCCGCUUCGACGUGGAGGUGUCGGUGCUGGGCGCCGAGGGCCUGGCGUCGGGCGUCCACUACUGGGAGGUGAUGGUGUCGGAGAAGACCCAGUGGAUGAUCGGCGUGGCCAGCGAGACGGUCAGUCGCAAGGGGAGCAUCCAGAUCCAGCCCGGCCGCGGCUUCUACUGCAUCGUCAUGCACGACGGCAACCAAUACAGCGCCUGCACCGAGCCGUGGACGCGCCUCAAUGUCAAGAGCAAGCUGGAGAAGGUGGGCGUCUACCUGGACUACCCCAAGGGUCUCCUCAUCUUCUACAACGCCGACGACAUGUCCUGGCUCUACACCUACCGGGAGAAGUUCCCCGCCAAGGUCUUCCCUUACUUCAGUCCGGGUCAAAGCCACGCCAACGGCAAGAACGUGCAGCCGCUGCGAAUCAACACCGUGCGCCUUUAGGAGGCGGCCCGCCAAACAAAGAUGUCCGUUUUAACUUGUGAAGGUCCGCCAUUAGAUGGAGACAAAGGGGCGCCCCUAGGGAGGGGAAUUAGGGUUUCUCGUCCAACUUGAGUAACAAUUGAAGGUUAGACUGGUAUUUUCUGCACUUUUUGACUUUAGCCCACUCCCCCUGCUGGACACUUGACGUCAUUACAAGGAUGCGAAGCCCCAUGCGGUCGUAGUAACUUCCAUCCAUCCAUUUUCUGUACCAUAUCUACCCCGGACUGGUCUCCAGCCAAUCACAGGGCAUCUCUACGGUAGUCACAUGUCUCCAAAAAAAACCAAUAAGAAGGCCCUGACUGAGACUCGAACCCUAACUGGCCACAAGCUAUGCUGCUAUUGACAGAAAGGACACGGGUCUGUAUAGUCAUGUGACAAGAAAGGGCGCCCCCUAUGGGUUGUGGGAGACACAUCCAUGGUCAAUGACUUACAGACAAUUAGUUGCAAAGACUUUGUUUUUCCAUGAAUGCGGGGUAGCGGCGAAGGUGUGGUGCACUUGCUGACCACUCCUGCGAGAUUUCCUCGUAUUUGUCUUCUCCUCGUGCCUCCAAACAGCAUCAUCAGCACAUGUCCUGCAGAUUGUCCACUAAGAGCCUCUUGUCCAACAUGUUUGUCCCCUCCCCUCCUCUCCUCUCCUCUCCUCUCCAGUCCUGCAACAAGCCCAGCUGGACCUCCGUGCACGUCCUUGAGCCUUGCCAAAAAGUCUAAAUGACGACAUACUUCAUUCGUCCUUCCGCCGUGUUGCACCUUUUACUCGUCAGGACGAGCGUGUGAGUAAGAACAUUCCAAAUCUUUUCUUUGUGUGGUUGUUGUUGUUUUUUUAAGUUACAGGGUUUCCGAUGUACAAUCCACUGGUCUGCUUUAAAACCGACAUCCAGGUUGCUGCUUUGUGAUUGAAGCCAAGCAUUCUUGGACGGUUUUCUGUGUCAAUGGGCCAUUCCACUCAAACGCUGCCAUUUGUGUCCUCAGGAAAUUAAAUACAUGAGUGGCCUGUAAAAAAGAUAUGUCCUCCAUGUUAUGAUUGCAAAUGUAACCAUUUAAAAUGUGAAUAAUAACAACCUUGAAAACUAGCAUUAGAUGCCUGUCCCCACUUCCAAAAAAGAGACUAUCCGUGAACUACAGUAAUGUAAAUCCUUCAGAAAUAUAUUUUUUACAUAUUUGUCUUACUCCUCAUCUCAACUAUACUUUUUCUUGAAAAAAAGUUAAAAUGUACCUUUUAUUCAGUCCCAAACACUGUU